CGCGCGAGAGCUCUGGAUUUUCUCUCCAUCUGUUUUGCUCUUGCUGUUUUCUCUUUUUUGUUUGUUUUAUUAUUAUUUCUGUAUUUCUUUCCUUCCACCUGUUGCAGGGUAUUACAGCUGAGCUACAAGUCGGGAUGGAUAAUCUGCGGUUGUGUUCUUUGUAGAGACGGUACCGGUGAAGCUGGGAUUCUGACAGCUGUGUGGUUGCUGUUUGGACUGUGUGGAUUUUACAGUGCUUGUGUUCUUUCGGGAAGUAUUGGCUCAUGUAUGAAGAUCGGACGGCGGAGAGGUGAAAGUUAAUGAAUUUCGAUUUGGCAGUUUUCUUGUCAUCUGUUUUACCUGGUUUAUUUUUUUAUUGAUGAACAUGGUUUAUUUGAGUGGCAAGUCCUGCCAGCGACUUAAGUAACAAGAGAAAGCAAAGCGAGGAAAAGAUAUCUCUGGGUGCUGUUGCACGCCAUAAGUACUGGCAACUCCCAGACGGAGGAUGGCGAGUGAGCGGGUGAUACUUAAUGUCUACGAUAUGUAUUGGAUGAAUGAAUAUACUACCUUGCUUGGAAUUGGUGUAUUUCACUCUGGAAUUGAAGUAUAUGGCAGAGAAUUUGCAUAUGGUGGUCAUCCUUAUCCAUUUUCUGGAAUAUUUGAAAUCAGUCCAGGUGAUACAGCUGAACUAGGUGAAGCUUUUAAAUUUAAAGAAUCAAUAGCAUUGGGUACUACAGAUUUCACAGAAGAAGAUAUUGAACGAAUAGUUGAAGAACUUGGAAAGGAAUUUAAAGGAAAUGCAUAUCAUUUAAUGCAUAAAAACUGCAAUCAUUUUUCUUCAUCGUUAUCAGAGAUCUUGUGUGGAAAGGAGAUUCCCCGAUGGGUGAACAGACUUGCUUACUUUAGUUCCUGCAUUCCAUUCCUUCAAAGCUGCCUACCAAAAGAGUGGCUAACGCCUGCUGCCCUUCAGUCCAGCGUCAGUCAAGAGUUAAUGGAAGAGUUGGAGGAGGCCGAGGAUGCGGCUGCCUCAGCAUCAGCAUCCAGUUCAACUACUGCUGUACCCAGACCAGGACGUCAUACCAAACUAUAAUACUAACAAGCAUUUAUUACUGACUGCAAUAAUGCAAUGAUUUUUUUUGAGAGACAGAAAAAAUACAGAGGAAUAUCUGUAUCAUUUCUUUUCUAAGAAAAUAAGUUGUAGUUUUCUGGCCUUCCAGUUUAUCACUCAGGAUAAUAUUUGUAGCCAGAAAGUAGCAGUUUUAGCACCUUUUUGUAAUAUUUACUUAUAGGGUACCGGUUUUAAGCAGGAAUGCUGAUAUUUUUUUUUAUAGCAGAUAAAAAAGUCUUGUUAGCCUGAAGCUAUGGAAACCUUUGACUUGGUUCCUUUUUGAGGCCCUGUUUUUCAGAAACCUCCUAUCCUAAGUGCACUGAAGAACAACAUUUUCAGCAGUGCUUCACACCUUCGUAAAAUAAUGUGCAGAGAAGUGGUGUGUUGAUGUGUUUAAUUACUGCCACAGGUUGUGCUCUCCAGUGCAAUUUAGAUGUUAAUAAGCUGAUGAUGUCAUUUAGGUAUAUUCUUUGUUACUAUGGCUCCCAUGUGAUCACUAGAGGAACACACUAAUCAAUUGUAACAUGUUUGUAUGUUUAUACAUCAUUUGUUUCUCUACCCUGGUUAAAAAUAUGCCAGAGUUUAACACUAGUGAACAUUUUAAACAUUGAAUUUGCUAUAUGUUGUUAGUCUGGAGUUCUUUAUUCACUUAUUCUAUUAGUCUGCCAGUUGGCCAGUAAAUGACUAAGUUAGGGGACUACUUCAACUAUUUUUUGUCAUGCAGUAUCUGAAGUAAUAACUAUGUUUAUUUUGAGACUGGAUGAGCAUGGCAUAUUUGCUGUGCUUCUGGGGUUGAUGAUCUUCUUAUAGAAGUGUAGAAAUAUUCUUGGUGUGAACACCAGGUUUCCCAUUUCACCUACAGCAGGGCAUGUUUAGAAUCUGUAAACAUGAUAAACCUAACAGUAAGUUUAAUGUAUUCUUAAGUUUCAUUGUAUCCUUAUACCUGAAACUGACAUUUAUUUUGCAGUGUUUUUUUUUUUUUUUUUUUUUUUUUUUUUUGUGAUUGUGGUGUCUAAUCAGUUUUAGUAAACGGGGAAGCAGUUUAUAGUGUUAUGCUUUUUGUUAGCAUUGACAAGAGCAAUGUAUAUGGAGGCAGACAUUCAGAAGCACUAUUAAGUGUUUGUAACAUCUUACUGUUCUCUUGUCCUUCUUAUCAUUAGUGUCACGUGUAUUUCAGUAUAGUGAGCUUUGCUACUUCAGACUAAGUGACCAUAAAGUAUACCCCACAUGCUUGCAAGUUUCUUGCAUAAAUGUUUUACCUCAAAGAAUGUUAGUUAAUAUUUUGAUUCUUUUGUAAAAGGUUAGGCUUGAUGAUUUUUGCAGUUGUUCAAUUAGUAGGUAUGUUCCUGUAGAACAUUCUGAUACAAGGUGUACUGCUGCAGCUGAUUUUCUAAGCAGUCACAGAAGGUCACCCAUUUCCUCCAUCAGAGAUAUAUCUGUUUAUUAACAAUCAUAUACCUGUCAACGUAAAAGGCAAAAUGUUUUCCCCUUCUUUCUGACAUUUCACAGUUGCAGUAUGCACCUGUGGAAAAAUCCAUACAUUGUGCAGUUUAAUGUAGUGUUGGAUUUCAUUUUUCCCAUAUCUAAGUAUCUGAGACUGAUAUUUAUUUUUCUAGAAUUGCCUGUGCUCAUGAUGUAUGAUCAGUUUUAGUAAUUGCAUGACACACAAAAAAAAAAAACAUUUGUAGUGCUGCUCUAACAUUAAUAUUGAUGUACAGAGCAACAAGUACAGAAGUAGAUAUUCAAAAGCCUGAAAAAUAUUUCUGAUGUUUUAAUUUCAUGUUGGCCUUAUAAUUAGGGUGUAUGCAUUAUCUGGUCUGGGGUGUUUGCAUUAACAAAGUCCAGGAAUCUCCUGUCCUGAAAAUUUGGGUGUGUAUAGGAGUCCCAGUCUAUGGAGGGGUAAUUAGACAGCAAUGAGUGUGGUAUUUGGUUGAAUGAGGAGUGUGAUGAUCAAAGGUUAUAUCUUCUUUGGCCCCAGUUAUUGCCACUGUGGAAAGAAAAGUACAAUCACUGGUACCCUAAACUAAAUGACUGUAAAGUACAUCCUGUGUGUUUGCAAUUUUCAUGCAUAAAUGCUUUACCUCAAAGAAUGCUGUUAGAUAUUUUGUUUCUUCACUAAAAGGUU